AUGAACUGCAGCGAGCCGGGGCGGCUGCAGGCGCUGCUGAGCGCGCUGCUGCGGGAGCUGCGCCGCGGCGGCAACGCCAGCGCCGGGGCCGGGUCGGGACCCGGGCCCGGGGGCGACGCCUCGCUGUACAUCCUGCUGAUCAUGAUCUUCUACGGCUGCCUGGCCGGGGGGCUCAUCCUGGCCUACACCCGUUCGCGGAAGCUGGAGUCCAAGCACGACCCCUACCACCUCUACAUCGAGCGCGACUGGGGCCGCGGCGGCGGCGGCGGCGGCCCGGGACAGCCGGCCGAGGAGGGCGGCCCCGGCCCCGGCGAGGGCCAGCGGCUGAUGUGAGGGCGGCCCGGGCCGGCCCCGCGACGCAGCCCGGCAGACGGCACGGGGCUGGGAAGGAGGAAGAGUCCGUGGGGGUUUCGAGGCCGUCCCGGCCCGUGGUACCGCUUCUGCCGCCCGCCGCUCGGCUCCCGGGAGGACCGCGCACAGGGAACGACUGCCGGGUGCAGGCGGGCUGGUGCCAAGACUGCGUCUAGUUAAACGAGUGGUGGGAUGACAAAUGGAUUGUUCUUGUGCAUUAGCUCGUACAGCGCUCAAGGCUCGUCUUGCAGCGAGGGCUGUUCUUUAACUCUUUGGAUUGAUUUGUAUUGCUUUUCUACAAUAAAUACCUGCAUUACGUACGUACAGA